GAUUUCAUUUUUCAGAAGAAGCCACCGCCACCACUCUCACAUACCUUUGUUUUCACCUCCCCCUCAUUCUUCUGGUAGUUGUUGGUUAUGGCAGGAGAGAGAAUCGCCGAUCAUCAGAUAAUGGAGAUCCAAGAACAGAACUGGCGUCGAGUUAUGUCGCCGGAGAUUGUUGAGCUUGAAGAUCACGAAAUUAUAAAUCACCGCACCAGAGACGACGUCGUCGUCGUCGAGAGUAUCGGCGACGUUUUCGUUGCCGUCGGAAAAAACGAUUUGGACGUCGUUAAAUGGGCCGUCGAUCAUCUCGUUUCCGCCGGAGCUCGUCUCUAUCUCGUCCAUGUCUUCCCUCCCGUCACUCAUAUCCAGACUCCCGUUGGAAAGCUAUCGAGAAGCCAAUUAAGCAAAGAUCAAGUCCAAAUCUACGUAAACGAAGAGAAUAAUAAACGAAGAAGCCUCUUACAAAAGUACAUACGCCUUUGCACGGACGCCAAGGUAGCCGUUGAAACAAUGCUUCUCGAAAGCAAUGCCACAACCAAGGCUAUCCUCGAUCUGAUCCAUGUCGUCAACAUUACCAAACUUGUAAUGGGAACAAAACGGGCGCCCUCGUUGAGGCGGUUGCGAAAGGGGUCCAGCAAAAGCGAGCUCGUAAAAAAGAACGCACCGGAUUUUUGUGACGUUUCCGUAAUUUAUAACGGGAAACCGGUGAUGGCUGAUCAGCAACGACAUGUUGUUUCAGACAUCCCUACAACGAGUCAAAACGGACUGAAAACGACCCCUUUUUCGUCUGAACGGAAAUUCUUUGAGUGUGCAUGUUUUUCUAGAAACUUCGAUUCAUAGGUUUAGAUUAUGAAUGUAAGAUCUAUGGACGAGCAUUCAUGUCUAUUUAGAGUUGUUGAUUUGUUAUACAAAUAGAAAUCUAUUGUCUUUGUUCUCUA